UCACGCCUGUGCACGGGACGCGUCAAACAAGUCGAAUAUACGCGUUUUUGCAUGAAACCCACAUGAAACGUCGACUGACAUCAUGGUUCGCGGGGACUUUUCAUGAUGUGUGGCUAAUCUCGUAACAUUUGUGAUUUAUGUGAGCUCGUUUGACGCUUGUAUUACAAAGCUGGAUCAUGUUUCGGACGUUUUUACUUCCGACUGCCCGCUGCCUGGAUGCCGACAGUGAGAGGUCAUACCAGGAUCUGUUUGAGAGACUUGACACUAAUAAAGAUGGCAAAGUGGAUGUCGCCGAAUUACGCGCAGGACUCAAAGCGAUGGGCAUUUUCCGCCACGGAGCAGCGCAGAAAAUCGUCUCAUCAGGUGACAAAAACAAAGAUGGGAGUCUUGACUUCAGUGAGUUCUCUAAAUAUCUCAAAGAGCAUGAGAAGAAGCUGUUGCUCACGUUCAAGAGUUUGGACAAAAACAAUGACGGGCGCAUUGAUGCUUCAGAGAUCCAACUGUCCCUGGCAGAGUUGGGCGUUCAUGUCAGUAAAGAUGAUGCUGUGAAAAUCCUUCAAAGUAUGGACAUUGAUGGCACCGUGAUGGUGGACUGGAAUGAGUGGAGGGAACACUUCCUGUUUUGUCCUGCCCACAACCUGGAAGAUAUCAUUCGCUACUGGAAACACUCCACUGUUUUGGACCUUGGAGAAAGUCUUGCUAUCCCAGAUGAGUUCACAGAGGAGGAGAAGAGCUCGGGUGGCUGGUGGAAGCAGCUGGUGGCAGGUUCCAUUGCAGGAGCUGUCUCUCGAACUGGUACAGCCCCUCUAGACAGAAUAAAAGUCUUCAUGCAGGUUCAUGCCACCAAAUCCAACAAAAUUGACUUGGUUGGUGGCUUAAGGCAGAUGAUUACGGAAGGAGGUUUAAUGUCAUUGUGGAGAGGCAAUGGAAUCAAUGUUUUAAAGAUCGCACCUGAGACGGCAAUCAAAUUCAUGACGUAUGAACAGUAUAAAAAAUUGUUGACAACCGAGGGUCAAAAAAUAGAGACACACUGUAGGUUCAUGGCUGGCUCACUGGCUGGAGCUACAGCACAGACUGCCAUCUACCCCAUGGAGGUACUAAAAACUCGACUGACAUUAAGAAAAACAGGACAGUACUCAGGAAUCGUAGAUUGUGCCAAAAAGAUACUGAAAAAUGAGGGAAUUAAGGCUUUUUACAAAGGCUAUAUUCCCAACCUUCUGGGGAUCAUCCCGUACGCUGGAAUCGACCUGGCUGUUUAUGAGAGUUUAAAGAAUACUUGGUUGUCUUACCACAAAGACUCAGCUAACCCUGGUGUUCUGGUGUUGUUGGGUUGUGGCACUAUCUCAAGUACAUGUGGUCAGUUGGCUAGCUAUCCAUUAGCACUUGUGCGUACACGGAUGCAGGCACAAGCGUCUUUAGAUGCGUCGGACCAGCCAUCAAUGAAUAUACUUUUGAAGAAAAUUGUCGCCAAAGAUGGUUUUUUUGGACUCUACCGUGGGAUUUUACCAAACUUUAUGAAAGUUAUACCUGCUGUUAGUAUAAGUUAUGUAGUUUAUGAGUAUAUGAAGACUGGCUUGGGCAUCUCCAAAUGAAAUAAAUAUAUAUAUUUUUCUGUGUCAGUCAGAAAGUUAACUUUAUUGACUAAAUUGAAGAAAGCUGCAGGAAUUUAUUGCAUGAGUCUUAUUUAUACAAAAAGUGGAUAAUGUGCAUGAUUUAUUACUACUGAAGAUUUAAAUUUCAUUGAUAAAAGUUUGAUAGUACUUUGUUGACUAUUAAAUAUGCUAUUCCAAAGCAACAUUUUAUGCACUGUGUGGACUGCA